GAAUCACCAAACAGAUAUGCUAAAUGCUUGGCUGAGGAGCUUUGUCUGAAUUUUGUGUUUAAAAACUGUACACACCUCCUUUUUCUGGUUUCAUUUCAUUCAGAGUAAUGGGAACAUAAAUACAUAACUGCACAUGUUCUUCCCAUCCCAUGGCUUCCCUCUGUUUGAACUCAUUACCACUGUCACCAUCUUCUCAUCCUCGCAAGCUCAAUGAAUCCUCUGUUUCUUGUUCUUCUUCUUUGCUUCUUGAUAACAACAAUAAUCAUAGCACAGCAGGUUCCUUGAAACCUAUAGUUGUCAGUGGAAACCCCCCAACUUUUGUUUCUGCGCCUGGUCGCAGAAUCAUUGCUGUUGGAGAUCUACAUGGAGAUCUUCAUCAAGCUAGAUCUGCACUUGAAAUGGCUGGUGUAUUGAGCUCCGAUGGUCAAGACUUAUGGACUGGUGAAGAAACUGUAUUGAUUCAACUUGGAGAUAUAUUAGAUCGAGGUGAAGAUGAAAUUGCUAUCUUGUCUUUGCUGCGAUCAUUGGAAAAACAGGCAAAAGCAAAAGGUGGAGCUGUGUUUCAGGUAAAUGGAAACCAUGAGACCAUGAAUGUGGAAGGGGAUUUCAGAUAUGUUGAAUCUGGGGGAUUUGAUGAGUGUAAUGAUUUCUUGGAAUAUAUAAAUGAUUCUGGAGAUGACUGGGAAGAGACUUUUACUGGUUGGGUUGAUGUUUCAGAAAGGUGGAAAGAAGAACGAAAAAUGUCAGCAAGUUAUUGGGGACCUUGGAAUUUGGUGAAGAGACAGAAGGGAGUCAUUGCCAGAUCAGUCCUCUUUAGGCCAAGUGGGCCACUGGCUUGCGAACUCGCAAGGCAUGCCGUUGUACUUAAGGUCAAUGACUGGGUCUUCUGUCAUGGUGGCCUUCUUCCUCACCAUGUUGCAUAUGGCAUAGAGAGGAUGAAUAAAGAAGUGUCUGAGUGGAUGAGAGGCGUCGGUAAGGAUGACAAUACUCUCAAUAUCCCUUUCAUUGCCACUAGGGGUUAUGACAGUGUUGUUUGGAAUCGUUUGUACUCAAGAGACGCACCGGAUUUUGUGGACUAUCAGGCUAAACAGGCAUGUUCCAUUCUUGAGGAGACACUGCAAGCAGUUGGCGCUAAGGCAAUGGUGGUUGGGCAUACUCCUCAAACUAUAGGUGUAAAUUGUAAAUACAAUUGUAGCAUAUGGCGCAUAGAUGUCGGAAUGUCCAGCGGAGUUCUUAAUUCAAGACCAGAGGUUCUAGAAAUUAUAGACGAUAAAGCAAGAGUUAUAAAGAGUAAAAGGGACAGAGGCAGUGAACUUCAGGCAGCUGCAUAUACUUAAGAGACAAAAAAUGAUAUGACAGGAAUUGUGAGCAUUCAGUUCAGAAGUCCAACAUUGGGAAAUUCAUUCGAUUACAUUGACCUAUUCUAGUCACUUAUUAGUUGUUUGCUUCACAUUGAACUUGUGAAGACUAGAACAGUGCACCAGUUUUGGCAAAAAGGAGCUUGUGUUACAUCAUUUUGGUGAUCAUACAACUUCUGGGCCUAUCUAUGUACUGAAAGAAAACAUUAGAUCAAUAUAGUUAUUGUAAAAAAAUAAAAAGGUGCUCAGUUCUAAGAAAGUACUAAAAAUUUGUUCAUAAUAUUGAGUUUGUUGGUUCAAUAUCCUUAA